CCAAUUAAAGUCAUCUAUCAUUAUUACUUCAUUUUAGUUUGUCUUAAAAAGAGUGUUUUUAAGCUUCUGUUAUUCAAAAGAGUGAAACAUGGCAUCUCAAGUUCAAAGCUACAAUGUUGAGGAGAAAACUAAUCAACUAAAAAAAAGAACAGGGCACACCCAGGACAAGAAAAAGGAGAAGACCCAAGUCAUCAAGGAUGACGCAUCUGAGGCAGCCCAAGCAACCAUGGAUGACGCGUAUUAUGCGGCCCAAGCAACCAAGGAUGCUGCAUCUGAGGUAGCCCAAACAGCCGAAGAUGACGCAUUUGAUGCAGCCCAAGCAACCAAGAUUGUAGUCCAAGCAGCCAAGGAUGCGGCAGCUGAGGUAGCUCAAAAAGGCAAGGAUGAUGCGGUUGUUGCAGCCCAAGCAACCAAAGUCGCUGUCCAAGCAGCCAAUGAUGCGGCAUUUGAUGUAGCGCAGAAAGGGAAGGAUGAUGCGUUUGAUGCAGCCCAAGCAACUAAGGAUGACGCGUUUUGUGCAGCCCUAGCUACUGAUGAUGACGCGUUUUAUGCAGCCCAAGCAACUGAGGAUGACGCGUUCAAUGCAGCCCAAGCAACUGAGGAUGACGCGUUCAAUGCAGCCCAAGCAACUGAGGAUGACGCGUUCAACGCAGCGCAAGCAGCCCAAGCAACCAAGGACAAGGCAUCUGAGGCAGCCCAAACAACUAAGGACAAUGCAUGUAAUGCAGCCAAAGGCACCAAGAAGAAGGCAGGCUCGGAGAUGGCAGAAAUGGGUCGAGUCAAAGUAAGAAAAGUUCUGUAGAUGAGAUUAUCAUCAGUCGACUUUUGUAAACGUAGCCUAAAACAACCUUUUUGCUAGUUUUAGGUCUUGUUAAACCUUAGCCUAAAACAAUAUUUUGCAAGUUUUUGGGUCUUGCUGAAGUUCCCAAAAACUGUUUUACUAGUUUGUAUGAUCAAAACAAUGUUUUAGGGGCAGCUGUUUGUUAACCACUAUGUUUUGGUGAUAUAUUAUCAAAGAAAACUUAAUUAUUACUUUGUUA